AUGACGAAUAAACGGGUUCUGAUCACCUAUGGUGUCGAUGUCGAUGCUAUCUCCGGCUGGCUGGGUUCCUACGGCGGAGAGGAUUCGACCAGCGAUAUCAGCCGCGGCUACUUUGCCGGUACUAUCGGAACGCAGCGGAUGCUGAAGCUCUUCAAGAAAUACAACAUCAAAGCCACCUGGUUCAUUCCCGGCCAUUCUCUCGAGACCUUCCCGGAGGAUAUGGCGGCUGUGCGUGAUGACGGCCAUGAGAUUGGCUUGCAUGGGUACUCCCAUGAGAAUCCCAAGGACAUGACCUUGGAGCAGCAGCGGGAUGUUCUGGAUAAGAGCUACAGGCUUUUGACCGAGUUCUGCGGCAAGCCACCGCGCGGGAGUGUGACACCUUGGUGGGAAGUCAGUACCGAGGGCGUGAAUCUCUUGCUAGACUACGGCAUCGAAUACGACCACAGCCUGGGCGACCACGAUUGUCAAUGCUUCUACACGCGGGUCAACGACCGCUGGACCAAGAUUGACUAUUCCAAGAAGGCCGAGGAGUGGAUGAAGCCGUUUGUUCGUGGCAGUCCCUCCGGUCUGGUGCAGAUCCCCGGGACCUGGUAUAUCGAUGACCUGCCGCCGAUGAUGUUCAUCAAGAACUCGGCGAAUAGCCAUGGGUGGGUCAACCCAAGAGAUGUGGAGGACAUCUGGCGGGACACGUUCGACUUUUACUACGAGGAAUACGACGAGUUUGUCUUUCCGAUUACGAUCCAUCCGGAUGUUUCGGGGCGUCCCCAGGUGUUGAAGAUGCAUGAAAGACUGAUCAACUACUUCCUGAAGCAUGAGGGGGUUGAGUUUGUUACCUUUGCAGAGGUUUGUGACGAUUUCAAGACCAAGAAUCCGCCGCCACCGGGUGCUGUGCUGCCCACAGAUCCUGCAGUUGUUGCGAAGAAGCUAGAGCUUAAAUAG